UUUGGUCCGCCGGAUUUUCUAAUCAGUGGGUGUUUUAUUUUAUUUUAUGGGUGUUGUGCCCGCCCGUGCUGCGCGCUGCCUCCCCCCCCCGCGAAAAAAAAUCCGGUUCACUUCUUUUAAUGCCUUUCGCUUCGCUUUGCAUUUGGCUGCUGGCAGGGUCGGUGGUGCGGGAGGCCUACGCCUGAGUCAAUGCUCGCCGGAGACGAUUUUGUAAUAAUACUUAAUCGUUUUCCUAACUGCGUUCCCCGCUUCUCCUUGGAUGGGUGGGCUGCAGAGUGGUUGCUUGAGGCGCUUUGCAAAUGCGAUCGCUUCCCCCACACCGCCUUCGGUUCCUUCGUCUCUGUCCAGCGGAGCGGGAUUCCUGCGAACCGACCGCCUCCUUUCUGGAAUGCAGUUCUCACCCGGUGCCUCGUCUCCGAAAUGCAUUGGUCUGAACGAUGCUGCUUCUCCCCGCUUUCUUAGACGGCUGUGAUUUUCUUUAAUUGCAUCUUUGCUAUGAAACUAGUGCAGCUCAGAUUGGGAAAGAUGGGAAGUUGAGUAACUAACAUAUAUUUCCCACCAAAUCCCUUUUGCUGUUGCUUGAUAAUGUUCCAAAAAGUGGUUUCCGACUCAUAAAACAUCAAUAUUUAAGAAAUGUAUUGACCGUCUUCUUUUAAAGUUACCGAGCGCUCCUGUACCACACACUCCAGAACGUUGCAACCCUUUGGAAGAAAGUCGCUGGGAGUCUGAAGCCUAGACUGACAAAACACAUCCCUAAUCUGGAACCUGGGACAGUGGAAAGGGAGUUCUCAAAAAAACACAAUGGCAUCUGGGGAAUUUGGCGGUGGGGGAAUUCCCCAGGAACAUUUAAGUGGUGGCAGACAGCACAAGAGUGAAAUGUCAGCAUGUCUUCAAUCGUGGGAUGUUGAUCUCGGAGACCGGCAUCUAUUUACGAUAGUUGCAACAUCCUGGAGUCAUGUGAUCACCAUUGCCGACUUUCCCACCGGAUUCCAACAAGCAAAGUCGAUGGGGAAGCUGCCAGGGAAGGUUCCAAAUCGGGAUCCUGUGAUAUCUUGCAAAAUGACUGUGGCAAAAAAGGUUGUAAAAUCAGAUGCAAUCAUAGGAUGCCUCACUAUUCAUGCUGCUUAACAAUGAAUUUAAUUACCCUCAAUUGUGGUUGUAAGUCGAGGAUUACUUGUAACAUCGAUCAAAGAUAAAGGUUGAAUUCUCCUGAGACAACUUUGAGCAGCUGGAGACAUGUCAUCACUACAAAUGACUCAAUGGACUGACUUCUUUUUCCUGCUCAUAUGGGUUUCUUGCAUCUCAGUGACAAGCAGUGUCAAAAACGUGAUUCCAGAGUUAAGUCCCCAGGAAUAUUUUAGUAGCUUGCAAGCAUCGAAAGUAUCUAAAGCAUCUUUGGUUUAUUUUCAGAAGGAUGUUUCACCAUCUAGUGAGGUGUUCCUGGAGCAGCUGGAGAAUUCCAAAGAAGCUCUCCAAGAUUAUGGGAUUUUUAUCUUGAAGAUUAACUGCCAAAGAGGAGAAGCAUCCAGCUACUGCAGAGGAGAUAACUCAAUGGGAAAAGUGUAUCUAUUCAGGGACCAUGUGCUGGUUCGUGAACUUGCCAUAGAUGCCUUGUUCAGCUUGGAUGCCAUUGUGGCAAAUGUACUUUUCGCUCUUCUCUUCAAUGAAGUGAAAUAUAUUUCAACACUGAUGGACCUUCAGCGUUUAGAAGACUCUCUGAAGGGUCAGUCCGAUCUUGCUUUCGCAUAUGUGCAAGCAGUUGGGACAGCAGAGCACCGAGUCUUCAUGGAGGCUGCGUUUGUUUAUGGCUCAGUGAAGUUUGCCUUAACUACUGAAGUGGCAGUUCUGAAGAGCAUUCGCAGUGACGAGCCAGAGGUGCCGUCUUCAAAACUCUUCUUUUGCCACUGUAAAGUGGCCAUGGAUCCUGAACAGCCAUGCCGCAGGAUUCUGAUGGAAGAGCCAUUGACUACGUUAAGCAUCCACAAGUUCCUGAAGCUGAUGGGGGAACCUCUGGUGGUGGAGGUUGCAGAAGAUCCCAAAAAGAUUUCAACUACUCAUCUCCAGCUUGGCCUACCUCUGAUUUUCAUUCUGAGCCAGGAAGAGACCCUGGAAGCGGACAAGAGGAUUGCUGAAUCUGUAGCCUGGCAGUUGCUGGGGAAAGCAGGACUUCUCCUUUUGUCAAGGAAUUCUGUUGGUCUGGAUGUUUCUUCCCGAUAUAAUGUGGCUAUCAAGACAGUUGAGGAGGAUAUGCCCGUUAAAUACCUCACAUUGAAAGAUGCAGAUGAAAUCGUAGCAUUGGUGAGAAAUGGCGAGCAGAGCAAUCCUAGUCUGGAUGAUAAGGCAGAAGAGGUUUAUGAAGAGGAGGAGGAAGAGGAGGGAGUGGAGAAUGAGAACAAUGAACAAGAAAUUCAGGAUGAUGAGGUGGUGGAAUCAGCCGUCAGAGAUCGGAAGCGUGAACUUCUCCUGAAACACAUCCAUACCCUGACAGAAGAAUCCUUCCUCUCAAUUCUGGCAGAGACCAACCACACAGCAGUGCUCUUCUAUGCCAGCUGGGAAGCUGUCUCUCUGGUGGUAAUGCAGUCUUUCCUUGAAGUUGCUGCUCAGUUGAAAGGGACUCCUGAGAUUUCACUUGCAAGGGUAAACUGCUGGGAUUGGCCACACCUUUGCUUGCGGGAAAAUGUCACUCAAUUUCCUAUCAUGAAGAUGUAUACAAAAGUGGGGGCAUGGCUGGCUUACUCUGGGAUGUGGGAGACCAAAGAGAUGAUGAAGUUCAUUGAAUUAAGCAGAAAUUCUUGCCCAGUGAGAUUGAUGACCCCUGAAGAAAUAGAAGAAUAUUUAACUGACAAAACCUCACCACACCACAUGGUUUCUGUACUGGGAAUAUUUGACUCAAGCAUGAGUGAAGCAAGAGAGGCUUUUAUUGAAGCGGGAAGAAUCCUAAAUGGAUAUGUCACAACAGGGAUCUACUAUGAAGAGGAUGCUACAGUUCUCGCUCAUAAAUAUAAUGUAGCUCUUCCAGCGCUUCUGUUUGCUAAGCCGUCAACUCAGCAAAGGAAUGCCUUCCAGCUCUCGCAGUAUAACACACAAGACAUUGUUAAAGUAAUCCGUCAUGCAUUGUUGGAGACAUUUCCAGAAAUCACUGUGGAAAACCUGCCUGAUUACUUCCAGAUGAAGAAACCUUUGCUCAUUUUGUUCAGUGACGGGAUUCCUGGGAAAAAGGAAGUAGAGGAAAUGAAGCAAGUGGCUGUUGGCGAGGACCACAAAACCUUUAUUGCUUGCUGGCUAAACCUGAAGAAUACACCUGUAGGCAGAAGUAUUCUGAAAGCUUAUUUUGGAAACUCUGUUGUCCCUGUGCCUCUCCUCCUCUGGAUCAGCCUUCAUUCUGGAGGCCAUGUCUUUGUUUUUCCAUCAGACCAGUCCAUUUCUGAAACAAAUAUUCUUGCUUGGAUUGAAAAACUAAAGACCAAACAAGAAGCACCGAGAGCUACCUUGUCUGAGAAAGAGUGGAAGCCACGCCUACCUGCCUACAACUUCCUGAGUAUGAUGGAGCCCACACUGCCUGAAUUUACCAUUUAUACUCAAGAAAGUAUAAGUAUCCGUCAGGAGGAGAUCCUAGGAGAAAAAAAGGCAGAAGCCGCAGUGACAAAGAAGCCCACAAAAGACUCCACCAUGGAGGAACUGAAGCCAAAGAAGCCAACUGGAAGGGCCUUACGAAGGACAGCUCCACACCUAGGAGCAAAGGAGAAGCAGGCUAAGCACCAUUCAGAGUUAUAAAGUAAUGUCAGAUCUCUGGAUAGUUUUGGAAGUAGAGGAUGGGACAAUGCAGAGGCCUAGAGACGGUGGUUAACAUUUCAUGAAAAAUGAUUGAUGACAGAUGUGUGAUGGCACAGUUGUUAGAAUGCAGUAUUGUUGGCUAACUCUGCUCUCAGGCAGGAGUUCGAUCCUGACUGGCUCGAGGUAGACUCAGCCUUACAUUCUUCUGAGGUCAGUAAAAUCCUGAUUGUUG